AUGGACAAAAUUAUACAAGACUACGAUAGUUCGAAACAGCAGCGCAAUCAACAGACGAUAAAAGAACAGUUGCUAGCCGAUAUCAAUCAAUGGGAAACUAAAUCUAUUGAACAGAUUCGUCACAAUGCUGAGAAAGCACGAAAGGAUUUUGUCCAAUUAGCAAAACAAUCAAACACGUAUUUAUCAAACUUGUUGGUUCAGAGAGACACACAAUUUAAUUUCAGGGAGAAAAAUAUCAGGGUUACUGAAGAGACAGUUAAGUUAUUGAAACAAAAUUAUGAAGAUUUUCGACGAGAAUUAAAAAAACUGUCAGGUAUCAGACUUAUCUCCGAUACUGCUACUACGCCUUUUCAUCUUAUUAAAAUCGAAAGUUCAGAUAAAAACGAACAUGACAGCGCAACUUCGCCUAGACAAAACGCAGUUACUGCCAAAGAAAAACAAAGUGAACUAGUUGCAUCGAAUAAAAUGCUACAAGAUGAUAGUUCCGCAACACAAGGCUCAAAACCAUCGUGCGAACCAAAUUUAUCUAUCAUACCUCAAUCAUCUAAAUAUCCGAGCAUCACAUUUGGUCUUACUGAAUCUAUAAGUAAAAAUAUAAAAAAUUUAUUUCACCAGCUUAUGUUACUUAACCCAAUGGAUAAAGAUGGACCGAUGAGUGGUAAAUGUGAAUUAGAAACUGAUCAAAUGGAAAAGUUUCUCAAAAAAACAUUUGGCUUCCAUAAUAUCCCAGGGAAAUAUAUUGCUCAAGGUGUUAAAGCAUUCCAGUUGGAUAAACGUCCUGAAUCGAUGUCACCAAAUGAAAAGAUUCAUUUUCCUUUUAACACUACUGGUUCAUUUGCCAUGACUGUUCAGGAAAUUAUUGACUGGCAAAGGUCUUACAAAGUUUAUGCAGCUAAACAGAUCAAUGGUAUGACUAAUGGAUUUCUUCAAAAAGCUUUACAAGGUCAAAGUGAUAAUGGCGAAGAAGCUUUUCGUAUGAAGUUUGUUGUUCGGAUUUCAACAUGUCCUAUUUUAAUGGAGUUUGAUGCCAAAAUUAUACAACGUAGUAUAGACGACGAUUGGCCCAAUCGGAUUAAACUUGUUUCAGUCACUGGUAUUGAUUUUGCUGGGCGAAAACAUGAUGUUGGCGAUAUUAUCGUUUAUAUAUCAAAUUGGAAAGAAGUUUUUGAAGUUGAUCGAAAUAAGAAUGAGCCAGCUUUGCUUAAUGAGAGAGAUUUCGCUCUAAAGAGAGGUGGCCCUUCAGGCAUAUUAAACGAAGAUCGUCUUUUACGUGAUUUAACGUAUAUGGCUAGAUUACGACUACGGGCAUGUGAUGAAGAAGGAGUACAAGUUGUCGUGGAGACAGGUAUUGGACUUGGAGUUUUUUCUGGUAAACAUAUAGGAGUCGAUACCAUAGUACGAACAGCUUCUGCAGUUGCUAUUCGAAGAGUACUCGAAGAGGAUGGACCAUCAUAUAAAAAUAUUCGUGCUGUCGUAUUUGCUCUUCCUAUAUUCGAUAAGAAAAGAUCAGGACGUCGUACUGAUGAUACUUUUGAUAGCUUUGCUCACGAAUUCGAGGAACCACAUUAUACUGGUCGUAUACCUGUAUUAAUUGCUGAUCAAGAUAUGCAUCGGUUAACUGUUGCUAUUGCUCGUGCAGGUUUCACUGUUUCUGAACUAAAUCCAGCUGAUUCACAUGGUGUUUUUGGUGAAUACUGGCAAAAUCGAGGACCAGCUGUCGAAGAAAAACUCGCUUUAACCACUGUUGGUCUCCUUGUUCAACAUCAUCUCAUUAAUCCACAUGUGCAAAACACGAAUAAUUACUAUAUCAUUUAA